AUGAAUCCUUUCCAGAGGGCAGUUAGCAGCAUUGAGAGGGAAGACAUAUCAGUGAAUGAGACGCCGGCGCCGCAGCACCAGGCCGUCUCCUCGCUGCACGUGCUGCGCGCGCGGCGCGGCGUCGUGCGCAUGCUGAUCGCCGUCGUGGUGACGUUCGCCGCGUGCAACCUGCCGCUGCACGCGCGCAAGAUGUGGCAGCUGUCGGCGUCGUCGUCGUACGACGGCCAGUCGGCGUUCAGCGCCGUCUUCACGCCACUCACCUUCCUGGCGACGUACCUGAACGCGGCCAUCGACCCGCUGCUGUACGCCUUCAUGUCGCGCAACUUCCGGCGCGGCGCGCGCGAGCUGCUGUGCGGCGGCUCGGCGGGGUCCGGUGCGCGCCGCCGCCUGCGCUCGCUGUCGCUGCUGCAGCGGCGCGGCUCCUCCCGCUCCACGGCCAACUCCAGCCUCACCAACAGCAGCUGA